AUGGGGGGCUACUUUCCUUUCUGCGAUUGUUCAAGCCUACGCCCAAUAUGUCCGACUCAAGAUGAGCUAAGCUGCAUCGAGCUGAAGGAUCCAGAUGAUUUGAAGUUAGUUAAUUGUAAUGUUCUUACAUAUUGCUGGAAGAUCAAUAAAAGUUGAACAAAAAACAGUUGCCACUUUAUCUAGUGACGCUCCUACUACAUGGACUUAUUAUACACACUUGCUAUUCAUUUAUCAUUGUAAUAAGCUGCACUUUGAUGAUCAAUAAAGUUACACAAACACAAUGCAGCUCAACGUAUUUUUUCCUACUAACGUAGUAUACAGCCUUAAAAGUUUUAUUUCAGCAAUGUCGAACUCGAACUUCUAUUUUUUUCUUCCACUGCUUGGAUUCAGAGAAGAGGACCUUUAGGGGGUGCGUCAUAUGAAGAUGAUCAACAACAAUUUUUUUAACGUGUUCAACCAAGAUGCUGGUGUUUGUUGGUAGUUGCGUUCACCUCAUAAAUACCUGAACAGACCUCUGAUUUAGGACGACACAAGACGUCACGAUCAAGAGUUUAUCAUGUCAAGAUUAACCUGAUUAUUUUACAUCUUCCUACUUUUUUGUUGAGUUUCUCCAAGAAGUGCCUGAGGUGAAUACUGAAUUGACAGAGACAAAGGGAGCGUACUGAAGGUAAGAUAAGUUGUAUCACGUUUGAGUUAUUUCAAAAUUCAUGUUGUCAUUUUAGUCAAUUUUAGAUCAUGCAGAUGCAACAUCCAAGACAGUGGCAACUGAAUGCAUUCGACAACCAUAUGCAAGAAGUGACAGGAGAACGGAGGAAUUACCAAGUAUAAGCCAAGUUGUGUAAGUAUCAUGAAAAGACAUACUCUAGGUUUUUGACAAGAAUAGUUUCACACCACACAUCCCAAGCAAUUUUUAAACAUAAACUGCAUAGAAGUAGACGAUCACAGAAAUCCAGAAAGAAAAAGAUUUGAUGUGCCACUCUGGGAUGGCAUAUUGAGAUUACAACUUGAAAACGUGAAAUGCUAAUAAUUCAGUGUUACCAGCUGACACGAACAAAGUAUCCUGAUCUUGUUGUCAUUUAAAUAACUGAUACUAAUUUUUCUGUAACGUUUUGUUUAUUUUAUUCAGUCGAUAUACUCUACAAAGAACUGGUGCGACAUGCAGUGCAAUGUUAUUCAAGCCCAAGGCUUCAAUCUGCUUAGUUCCUGGUAAGUCUAAGCUGUUUUCAUUUAAUUACAUCUACCGAAUAGAGUAUUUGGAUCCUUUGUUUGCGUCAGUAGGAUUCAAUUCUCGUUGUUGGAGAUCUAACUUGACAAAAGAUGAUGGUUAACAUAAAUAGCUAAAGUCAAAAAAGGAAGGAAGUAGGGCAUAAAGGCAAAAAAAUAGAUCAUCUUAGAAGGAGGAAUAAACGCAAAAGAGAAGUAGACAACCCAGAAUGGAAUGCGAAAAAAGUUGACUUAUGGGACACUUUUAACCGAAGCCUAUGGAUAAAUUAUCGUUAGGUUUUGAAGCAGCCAAAUAUAAAGCAUCUAUUAAAUCUUCACCUAUAGUCUCCAAUAAUGUAUUUUAGUCUCUUUUUUUCUUCUGACUUUCAUUACUCACAACAAAAGGCCUGAUAAGGGACAUGACCAUCCUUAUUACAAGGAAGAUUUUCUUGUCCAAAUAUUGCACUUUUUUCUUAUUAUGCUAUUAUUUAAAGGGAUGUGUGGAAUACGGCCCUUGAUGACCCCUGAUUCUGGAAGGUUAAGGCUGCAAAUUUUCACAAUGAAGCGUUACCUUGUUCUUGUAAUUUUAAUUAUUGUUAAUUUCGUUAUGGUUUACUGAACAUAUUAGCAGAAGUGAAUAAGGCACUUGUUUUUCUUUCUCUUUGCCGCAGAUCGAUCCAAUUUUCUCGAGCAGCCCACAAGACCACACCAGACCAGACAGACCAUUAGAAGACACCAGCUUCGUCAGACCAGACUAGAUCAGCCCAGCUUUCUCCCACAGACCACCCAGCCAAACCAGCUUCCUCUCACAGACCACCCAGCCAGGCCAGUCUCCUCUCCCAGACCACCCAACCAGGCCAGCUUCCUCUCACAAAGCACCCAAAUAGACCAGCAUCCUCUUAAAUUUAUCAGUCAGCAACACAUUACCACAGUACACCCAGCCUCCACCGGUCAGGAUGCCAUUGUCAACUACGUAUCACAGGUCAGAUCCUUUCUUUGUGUGUUGGGUCAUGGGAGUUUAAUAUAUAAAGUUCUGGAUGAACCUUACAAAGCAUACUUUCCACACACGCUCGGCUUGCAGUCCCUGGACUUCUUAUUUCGGCUUUAUUUGAUCGUAAUUAAAGUAGCAAGCGGGGUUUCCUGGGCUGGUGAGGGCCUCCCCUACCCCUUUUCCAUAGUUGGGUUGCUUUGCAGGUAUUUGGUCAGCGACAGGAGUUCGGCUUUUCAAAAGCAAUUUCGGCUCGAUUAGGUGUCUGUUCAUCUUUUCGCCAUCGUCGGUGUUAUCGUCUUAGAGGCGUUCUCCCGCUUAGCUACCCCAAAUCAACGGCCAAUUUCUCUACCACACUUCACUUUUUAGUCUAUGCGCUGGGAAGUGAAGCUUUCACUCGCUAAUAUGUUUUAAUUCUAAAUUUUAUAUCGUCAUUUUGGAAACGUUACUUACUAAAACCAUUUUUUGGUCUUUACAGAAUUUGCCUCACGACCAGAUGGUGAAGAGUCUACUCAAAAUUAUGCACGCCUCAGCUUUCAGUUUACAAGGUAAGGACUUUAUGAUAUUAUGCCGUUUAAACUAAUUAUUACAACCCUAGCCAGCGCACUAAUUUAUCUCGUUUAGGUUACUAUUUCAUUAAAGUUUUGUACUAUUAAUUGAGUUUACUUUUAGCGACUUGACGAACAGUUAAGGUGAGUGGACUCUCGGGAAGAGCCAAAUAACACCUAAUUUGUCGGAAAAUUUCCCUGUUUGCUAUUUCUUUACUAAACUAAUGCACAGUGUCAAAAAUUGAUGUACAUGUAUACAACUUGCUCUUUAUCACACUUUGAGCAAACAGUGAACGGUGUGAGAGUGCAAAAAUUCUACGUGUAACAAACAUUAAAAUUUUGACGAACUUUUUCCUGGUUAACAAAACUGCGAUUAUAAAUACACAAAUUUUAACAAUUUCAAUUAAAUCAUAUUCCCGUGAUCUUUCAUUGUGGUUUAUUGACGCUUUUUUAAUUGAAAUUUUACCUUUUACAAAUUUCAGCAAACAAGACCAGAGAACCUCAUUGUGGCAGAAUAUCGAACAUUCAACCUAUGAUUGGACAAGCCAUUGGACCACAUCGUAUCAUAAAGCUACUGGAAACCAGUCCACCCUCGAAACUGGAGAGUGACCGACCGAGGAUGUACCAGGCGAUGACAGCACCGAACCAUAUAAGAUAGGGCCCAUUGAAAUGGUACAACCUCUAUGUAUAGUAAUGCUGCCGCGCGUGCCGAGCAAGUAUUUUGGCAGUGUCUUCGAUCUUGUAUCUGAUCUAAAACUGUUAUUAUUCUAGUUUCUAGAUCAUCUUUAGUAUCGAUGGCAGUGCCUGAACCAGUAUGUGUCAGGAAGAGAUCUUCGCAAAUGCCACGCCUAGUGACCGUGAGUAUAAAAAGAGAGUUUCUCCGCAGUUAACAAUAAUUUCACAUUAUACGCCUUAACAAGCAAUAUAAACAAACUCCACAGCCGUAGACAACGUACUGAAUUAAGAAUGAUUUUAAGCCCAACUCUGGGCCAGAUUGCAUUUGGAGAUAGGAGCAUGAAGACCGAUACAUACUAGUCAUAAUUACCAGACACGAAAGGAGAAUUCUUGCCAUCUUUAAGCUGGUACUAAUUUUCCUGCAAGGCUUUUUUUAUUUUAAACAGGUGAAAUACUCUACAGGGACUAGUGCGAUUUGCAAUGAAGCCGUUCUUCCCAACGUAUUUCAAGCUUAGGUUUCUUGGUAAGUCUACGUAAAAGAAGCUUGUCAUGCAAUUUAAGCAAAAGACCAUUUACAGUUGUGGGGUUAGUACCUUAGCCCUCGACAGAAUGUGAGGCUGAGGUUUCCCCUGUUUUGGUAAAACCUUCCUCUGUUUUCUUAUGGAAAUUCCGCUGGAAAAAUACCAGUUAGCGUAAAAAUAACGUGGUGAUUUAUAUUAUAAAGUAGGAAGGGAUGCAUCAAAAUAAGGUCAACUCCAGCCUUAGUCUGCUACACAGCCGUUUUUAGUGUCGUCACGCAACGCUCCUCCCCGGAGCGUUGCGUGACGACUCUAAAAACGGCUGUGUAGCAGACUACUCCAGCCUCAUUUAACUGUAAAAUGGGCUAUUCCGGGAUCGGAGUCCCGACUGGGGCCCAUUUCUUCAAAGUCCUGUCAACUUUUAAGGCCCGAAGGCAAAAAAAGAAAAUCAAAAUGAAAAACUAGAAGAGUAAAGGCGUUUGAGCUAGCUAACAAAUCAGUCCAUUGAAUUCAAAACCAGGCUUUUAUUAAAAAAGGGAAAAAUGAAGGCUGUGUGUUUGUAGAUUACUUCAGAAAAGUACUGCAUGCGGAAGCUAUGGCUAAGCUCUAGUAGGAUCAUAAUUAAAAGAGGUAAAGAAGGCUUGUAUCUCACAGACAUUUUUAAACUAUUUUUCUUUUUUAACAGGUACCAGGAAACUACAGGAUCAGAGUGCAAUUCUGACUGCGCCGACACUCUAG